AAAGUACGUAAAUUUAAUUUUUCUCAUCCAAAAUGACAAAUUUUAAAUUUUAUCGUACAGGUAAAGAAGUUAUCGAAAGAUUUUCAGUCCCAGUAAAACUAAAAGAUUGGCAUAUCGAAUGGAAAGAUUAUCAACCAGUGCCUGUGUUUAUAGAUUUUGGUCAUAAACCAUGGGCCGAUCCAGAUAUUAAAGAUGUAAAUUUUCAUCCAAAAUGGAAUCAAUUAGAUGACAAAAUUGAUCGUCAAAGUCAUUUGGGCAAAUAUUCAAUUGACAAAGAUGGUUUUCCUUUAAAUCCUACCGGUAGAACAGGUGUUAUGAUGCGAGGUCUUCUUGGACGAUGGGGACCGAAUCAUGCUGCCGAUCCAAUUGUAACCAGAUGGAAACGUGAUGAUACAAACAAAAUUAUCAAACAUAAUUUAAGUGAUAAACCGAUCAUGCAAUUUGUUGCCAUUCAAAGAAAAGAUGUUCUUGAAUGGGCCAUUCCAGGGGGAAUGGUUGAUCCAGGUGAAACAGUACCUGAAACAUUAAAAAGAGAAUUUUUUGAAGAAAGUCUUAAUUCCUUGGAAUUAUCAUCAUCCGAACGUGAUAAAAUGAAUAAUAGAUUGAAAAAUUUCUUCACCCAUGGGCAGACAAUUUUUAAAGGUUAUGUAAAUGAUCCACGUAAUACUGACAAUGCAUGGAUCGAAACGGUAGCCGUCAAUUUCCAUGAUGAUCAAGGAAACAUACUCAAUACGUUAUCAUUAAAAGCUGGUGAUGAUGCUCGAAAUGUUCGAUGGAUGGACAUCGAUCGAAACGCAAAACUUUAUGCUAAUCAUUUGGAUUUUAUUGAAACAACAGUAAAAAAUAGAUCCGGACAUUGGUGA